AUGGUUUUAGGCUCUACACAAUCAUCAACCUUCAGCUCAACUUCCGACUAUUCGCCAGACAGCACCUCUACACAAACCCCAUCAGCGACCACCAGCUCAAGUCCCUGCUACACAAGCACCACAUCAUCCUCUUAUGAUACUUCAACAUCAUCUGGAACGACAUCCUCAACGGGAUGGUCCACCGAUGGUUCUACCACCGAUAGUUCUACCACCGAUGGUUCUACUGCUUCUACUUCAACGACGUCGUCAUCAACUACGUCAUGUUGA